UUAGCGAGAGUCAGCGCGAAACUCUUGGCCUAGACUCGCCUAUCGUCUCCAUCGAACUACAUCCUAACGGUGGUCAUUUGUUGCUUGGUUAUGCUGGUGGAUGUGUUGCUGUCUCUGUACCCCAGCCGGUACCCCAGGUUUCUUCACUACAAGAACACAUUAGGGAGACCGAGCCUGAGGCGGCUGUUCCUAUAUCUACUAAAGAAGUCGACGUUCCUGAAUGUCGAGAAGAAUCAAGUCCUGCUGGGGACGACAAGACACAAGAGGUCAAGGACGAGCCAACAUCUGGACCUAAGGAAUUAAAGAAGGAAGAAGUGGUCAAGGAAGAGAAAAAGGGAAAGAAAAACAGCAUUGGCGCUGGUGUUUCUAAUGUCCUACCAGUUAAUACUGGUAAAGCAGCGGCUGCUAAGAUCAAAACGUUAACACGGACUUUACGUGGUGUAUCUGAGGCAAAAUCUGAGGUUGGCUUA